AUGGCAAGCUCACAGCCAAGACCUAAAAGGGGAGGAGAGUCCUUUGCCCGCACACACCACAUUGAAGAUGACCCCGAAGACCCUUCUGAUACCAAGAAACCUCGAUUUGACCUUCGCAACCCCUCCGCGCUAGCGCCCGAUGCGCUUGAGGAAGAUGCAGUCCUAGAUGCAGAUGAGAUUGGCCGGCGAGGUCAGAAAGUCGGCCGUAAAGCCAUUAACCUCGACGGUUACGAUUCAGACAGUGAAAAUGAGGGAUUCUCAGCGCGCAUGGAACAAAAAGCCAAAAAAGAUCGCGCAGCCGAGGACGACGACGAUGACAUGUUUGCCGAGCUAGAAGAAGACUUUGGCGAUGAGGAAAUCGACGCCGAUGAACGCAAGAACAAAAAAUCCGUUCGAUUCUUACGAGACGACGAAAUCGAGGGCCAAGUCUCUUCUUCUAAGGGUGGAAAAGCGCUGCAUGCGGAUUUAAGAAAGACAAACCCGGAUGAGCUCGAUGCUGAGGAAGACGCAGACAGUGAGAGUGAGGUCGGGGAAGAGGAGCGUGCCAUGGUUGACAAUGAGAUGGAUGAAGAGGUUGGUGCUGGUGCGAAGAAGAAGCAUGCGCCAUUACUCGAUGCGUUCAACAUGAGCACAGAACAAGAGGAAGGUCGAUUCGAUGAGUCGGGUAACUUUGUUCGCAAGGCUAUCGACCCCGAUGCUGUCUACGAUUCAUGGUUGACCGGAGUCUCCAAGAAAGAUAUACGCAAGGCGAAAGAAGCCGCAGAGAAACGCGACUUGGAGAGGAAAGAGAAGGACCGAAUGGACGACAGUGUACUGACAUCUGAUAUUCUGAAGACUAUCAUUGUACAUCUUGAGCGUGGAGAGACGAUAUUGGAAGCUUUGGCUCGACUAGGCAAAGGCCUAAAGAAGAAGCCGAAGUGGCAGAAGAAGAAGAACAAGAAGAAGAGCGACAUCGAUGACACUGAAAUGACUGAGGAAGACCCAGAAGAGGCUUACCGGCGUAAGGCUAUCGAUGCCAUCACCGGUGCAGCGGAUCUGCUCAUGGGCCGAGAUCAGCCUGAGAUCUACGAUACCGAGCGCGAGCUUCUCACACGACAAUAUCGCAACGAGACCGGAGAAGACUGGGUUGACCCACCUUCAGGACCUGUAGAUGCCCCGGCCAACGAAAGACCUGCAAUGUGGGAGUAUCGCUGGUCAGAUGCCCGAGAUGGCGGUGCUACUAAUGGCCCUUAUGACAGCGUCAUGAUGACUUCCUGGAACAACGCUGGCUACUUUGGUGAGGGCGUCGAGUUCCGUCGCGCUGGAGAUACAGGGCCAUGGAGCGCUACAGUCCAAUUCGUGUAA